AUUUGAGAUCGCCCUCGCGUCUUCCCAUCCCCAACGCGACGAAUAAUUCGAAUGCAAAUGAUUCAACCGUGACGUCGUAUCUCGCAGCGCAAUCAUUACGACAAAAAUUAGACUCAUGGUUCUGAGAUUUGGUGAAGCUCAAGAUCAGCUGCUUGGGUGACUUCACUCGUCACCUUCAUGUUAAAGCAUUUCGCCAUGCGAUAACCCCGUUCUUGCGACCAGACGAACGAGGCGCAAUUCGAGCAACACACUUCGUGUCGCCGGACUCUAGCAAAAAUUUAAAAUGCCGGUGUUCGCUGCGAUCAACGUUGAGCUCGAGGAAAACAUCGACGACGAGGUCGACAACACCCGAGAGAUCCACAUCGAUGAGGCUCUGAAGCGAUUUCAGACGGCGCUUAAACUUCACUCCUUAGGACCACGUCACUAUGCAGAGGCUUCCGAGGCAUACAGCUCCCUGUUCGAGUCCGACAUCUUUGGAUACCCUGACAGCGCUACCGAAUUCGAACGAGCCGAGCUACAGACGGACCCACGACACCUUCCGCUAGAUCUAUCGUUCGCGCAGUCCCUUGAUGCUUCUCAGGCUGAUAUUGAUGGCAGCGGAAGCAGUCUUCCCCAGGCACUUUACCUUUCAUACAAGAACCACGGCCAGUUUGAGCUCGACGGCAUCAGACACCAGGCGAAGAUUGCAGGUCCCGAUGCAGGCUCCGUUUUUGAGCAGAAAGAGACUCGGGAGAAGGCAUACAAGGCACUGUACGAUUUCAGCGCCGCCCUUGAUCAUGACCCCUCGGAUGCGGAGCUGUGGAGAAGGGCCGCUCGUGUUGCUGCUUUCCUCCAGAGCGCCCGAACGAGCAGAUACUGUCUAGAGGCCGCCAUCGAAUUGGAUGACGAUCCAGCCGUGGAAGAGGUCGAGCCCCCGUCUUUGGCGGAAGGGUUCGCGGGAGAACAAUUGAAGGAUCAUCUCGAGACAUUGAUGGACGAUGUCGCUUUGACACAUCCAAUCAUGGCCCCAUAUACCCAGCGCUCGAUGCCCACCCAACUAAAGAAAUAUAUCGACCCGAUCCCAUUCCUGCCGAACCCGACAAAGGAACUUGCCGUGCCGCAACCUACGCCCGUAUCUGGCGAUCAGCAAGAUGUGCGACCCGUAUUGAAACCAACAGAGACCUCUUGGGCUGACCUGGGUAUGGCCAUUGUGCAUUCGGUCGUAGCCAAUGGCCUUGCUGCCUGCGCUGUCUCGAUCGAACUCCCCGAUAUUUCUGAAACCCCGGAGCCUAUACAGCAGACUCUAGUCGAGCGAUUGAAACCAAAUGCGCUGGAAGACGCUGAAGCACCUGGGGGCGAGGAAGAUCCCAGCCGGACUAUCUCACCGGGGGUUCGCAUGGAGUUUCCCGAGGAAACCAAAACCGAGGCCGCAACGAUUCCCGAAAAUUCCAAAACCGAACGCAGUGGGUCUCUUUCACGCAAAAGGUCCCAGUCGACUGCUGGUCUCAACGAUGGAGACAUCGAGGAAGUGGUAGAAAAACGUAGCAAGAGAACCCGACGUAGAGAGACAGCUGCUGAGGAAUCCGUGGAUACGCAGACCCUGUUUGCUGCCCAACUAGAACCAUACCAAGCAGCUGACAAGAAUCUGUUUCAGACGGCGCGUAACAUGGCCGAAAACCUCGGUGUCACUGAUCGUGCCGCCAUGGAUCGCCUUGGCGAACUGGUCGAGCUCUCUGCCUUCGACAAUCGAACUGCUAGGAUUACUGGAGCGGCCAUGACAGACUUGCGUGACUCCCUUGUAUCAUUUGAAGAAGACACCGCGAGGAUCCUGCUGAGCAAGAAGGAAGCGUCGUCAUUCAGCUUUGCGUCGUUCCUCGAGCAUUCUCAGCCGGCAUCACAACACAAAUCUGAUACCCCUAUAUUUGACGAGUCCAAGGGCCUGAGGGGCUUUGCUCAUAAGGUCAAUGCCGGCUGGAUAGGGAUCACAGAUGUCGCUUUCGAGUGGGUCAGGGAGGUUUCCUUGUCGUAUCUGGACUAUAGGUGGUCUGAUACCAUGAAAAUUUCGGUGGUGCAAGUCAUCAGCCAUUUGGACGAAGACAUAUUCACCCGCAUGCAGCACGAGCUGCAGCGCUGGCAAUGUGCUCCAGAUCCAGAUCGGACACUCCAAGAUGUUGCUCGAAUGGUGCAGGUGCUCUUUGAACUACACUUAGAUGUGUACGAACGGAUUACAAACCCCAAUAGUGCCGUGGACUUCAGCAUCCGGGUUGAAACCAAAGGACGCCUGGGCAGGUGGUUCUCAUUUGCAGCAAGAAUGAGUCGAGAAAUACCCGUGGCUUCCGAUAAGGCACUAACAGUGCGCUUUCUCUGGGCAGCAGUCUUCCAUGUUACUAUCACAGAAGGUGCUUCGAGGGAUCAUGUUCUUCAGUGCUGGCAAAGUUUGCGGGACUCGCUCUCGACUGAUUACGAAGGCAUUAUUCUUCGGCUCCCCAACAAUGCUAUCCUGCCCGAAAUAUCAACCCAAGCUGCCGAUCGUGAGAUCUCUAAGCUCACAACGAUGGACUUUUUCCUUGGUCUAUUUCAGGAUAACUUGAACGAUCCGGUCUCGGUCAUUGACAGUUUGGAACCAGUUUUGAACCCCAAUUCAGUUUACAGUACAGCAGCAGGUUCUCAGUCACCACCCAUGGACUCGCCAAUAACGGAUGGGCAGUUGGAACCGACUUCUUCGGAAUGCCCAAAAGCACCGGUCCAAGACGCGCAACCCAUCAUGGUGAAUGCAAGCCAGGGUCUCCGCGAUUUGUGGAAGUUUCUGUUGGGUGCGAGUACGGAACUUCGCCUUUUCCUCUGGACGCGCCUCGGUGAUGCUUACUAUGCUAUCAAAUACACAACCAAAAAAUUCUCCUGCAACCUGAGAAGCAUUGAGAUGAUCGUUGACGAUUUUGAGCGAGAUCCGUACAUCAGCCUUCCGAUUGAAGAAAGGCGUGCCCUUUCUAUGAAGAUGCUGAAGUUUCUCGACGACAUUCUCAUCCAAUCGUUAUCUCUUGCCCGGGACGACUCAAGUGCGUUUGAUAUUUUUGAUGAGGACCAUCUUAAAUCUAGCAUCGCGGCGUUGAUGAAGCUCAGUUCCAUACUGCACACAGCGUUCAUGUUCGAGGAUGAAGUUCGUGUUGGGAUGACGUCUGCGCCCACUGGCAAUUCAACAUUCUCGUCGUUCCUCAACAAGCUUCGCGAGAUGCAAGUAAGAAACUGGUCGUUGCUCUACAAAUUUCUCAAAACAGGCAUCUCUCAGAACAAGUCCAUGUUCAGCAACCCGGAAACGGACCUAGCAGACUACCUCGCAGCUGCACAUCAGGUUCUGGGUUUGAGGAAGUGCUGCAAAGCCUCCGACAAGAUAUUCCUUGAGAUGAUGCGCGAGGAACUUUUGAAGCAGAACCUUGUUGAUAACUGGGAAGAUUAUCUUGGUCAGGUUCUUUACGAUCUUUACGGACUGAAACUGGGCGUCGGCAUUUGGGAAGUGCAGGAUCAUGGCUGCCCAUCAGAAAAGCUCGAGCGACGGAACACGGUGGCUCUGGUGGACAAGAUCUCCGUUCUCGCCAACCGGAUGCCAAUGAAAGAUUUGUUGAAAUCGGACUUGAAGACGACCAUCGAACACAUGCAACAGGCCAUUGGUCAGACAAAAAGCAACCAACAGACCAUUCACAAUCUCAGGCAUUUUACUGAGUAUCUGAAGAAGCCGAUCCAUCCUCUACGCCUUUACCAAGCUCUGAGGGGCAAGGUCACGAUCGAUGCUGUCGCUGUCAACACACCAGACAGCUCAUUAGCCAAGCAUGGAUGGUUCUUCCGUCUUGGCAUGAUUGCCUUUUGCAAGUUCAAGGGAGUAGACCUCAACCGGAGACAGACCCCUGGUGCCCUAGAUGAUCUCCGCAUGGGUGCCACUUUCCUUCGCCAGCAACUCCAGUUUACACCUGAUCGAUGGGAUGCGUGGUUCAGAUUGGCAGAGUGCUUCGACUACGAGCUUGAUGAAUCCGUCUUGUGGACGGCGGAUAAGAUGAACAAGGAGAGGGCAGAGCUGGUGAAGUUCCAACGCAGCGCGAUUCACUGUUAUGCUCUGGCUCUAUCGCACUCAUGGAAGGCCUUGCCGCAAGCUGACGAUGAGACAAUGGAGGCGAUCCACGAGCUGUACCACAAGUUCGGCAUGCGCAUGUAUGCUUCGAGCCGGGAGCCGUUCGCGAUGGAGCCAUUUCAACACAGCGACCAAGAGAGAUUCUUCAUCCAGAAUAAUAUGGGCGCCGGCACUUUCAAAAAGAUCGUCCACAAGCAGAUGCAAGACUAUAAAGUUUGGAAAUAUGCUGCAAAUUUGUUCCGGAGGGCCAUGAAGAUCAAGCCUAAAGAGUGGAAAAAUUCUUACAUGCUUGCCAAAUGCGUCUGGAAGAUGUACCAAAAGUCACCAGACGCCCUUGAUGAGAGUGACAGAAAAAGCCAACCGACAUUAAAAGACGUCAUUGAUGCGUUGGAGAUAUCGAUUGGGGCAGUUGUUGCGCUUCCGAAACCCCGUCACGGACAGGAUCCAAUUCUAGAGCCGCACUAUAAGAUUGUGUCCAUUAUUCAUAAGUUGGUCCUCCGCUCAGACCUUGGACUGCAAGAAGCAGCCGACACCCUGCAGCGCCAACCAUAUGCAAUCAAGGACGGCCAGCACGUGGAAAUGACGGAACCCGAGGAUUGGGAGCCAUAUGUCAUCCAGGCUUUAACGCACUUGCGCGAAAAAGACAAGUCCAACUGGCAGCACCGUAUAGCCAUCCGCCACGCUCGUAUCUUGUUCGACGAAUCGGAAGACCCAAGUCAGCUCCAAGCCAUGGCUGCCAGUGGCGUCCUCCAGAAGACCAUGUUCACCAAGACAAUGGUAAUGAAUAUCUGGAAGUGCGACGCGGAACGCCCCGGUCGGCACCACGUUUACACAGAGCAGUAUGUGCGCUUCAUGGUCAAAUUGCUGGUGAGGCUGAAGGAUCGUACCAACUUCGAACCGUUGUUGCGACGAUUACGCAAGAAAGGCGCCGAUUUCUACCACUUUAACGACCUCUGGCAAACCUGCGUCCUGGCAUAUCUGCGCCUCAUUCGCCAAGGCUUCGACAUUGAACCAGUUCUUGACGACGUGUAUAAGAAUAUGUCGCCUGAUGAGUUCGAGAUUAUUGCUAGCCGCAUCAAUGAAUGGUCUAUUUCCGGAGAAGACGGGUCCGAGAAGCACCCCGCCUUCAGUGCGCUGAAGGAAGCUAUCGAACUCAAGAAACUGAACUCUGGCCUUAUGAAGGCGAGCCCUAUCGACGAUCUAAUCAAUGACGCGUACACAGCUUUAUAUCUCGAGGUCGGCAAUUCCCUGCCCGGUCCCUCGCCACAGUCCAUAAUCCAGGACCGCAAACGCGAGCGACAGGCGGCUAUUCAAAUUGAUGGUACGGGUGACAGCAAGCCGAAUCCUUUCGGCAAUAUCCUCAACCCGCAGAGCGAGCAGAACUCGGGAACAGAGGGCCCUGGCGUUGCUCCAGCCAAGGAAACCGAGGGUGUGACAAGCCGGAGUCGCCGUGCCAUUGUUCGAAGACCCGACAUUCUUCGCAAAGCGGAGCAAGCUGUAACGCGCGCACUGGAGGGACCAGCGAAAUCUGCCAGAGAGAAAUCCGUUCGUGCUAGUGUUUCGAGUGGUAAAACCAGGAACAGCGGUAGCCAAACGCCAACGGUUGAUGGCAAAGCUGGCGGUGUGGACGAGGAUGAUGUUGAGAUGAAGAAUGGCGAUGCGCACGAUGGCGGGAGUUCCGCGGCUAGCAGUGUCCGAGACGAGGCAGAGGAUAGAGACGAUCGUUUUGAUGCAGAUGACGAAAGUGAUCUAUCAGAUGUGCCUGACGAAGAUCUACUAGAUGAGGAUGAACAGGCGCAGCUGAUGUUUCCCAACUUGCUGCCGAGACACGCUGUAUCCGACAGUGGAGAAGAGGAGCACCAAGAAGAGGAAGAAGCAGACGAUGAAGACGAAGACCAUGAUGGCGAGGAAGCCGAGGAAAUAGGAGGUGAGGACGACAUGGAAGAUGACGGCGAUGAGGAAGUCCAUGAGCAUGAUGAAGAGCAUGACAGCGAGCAACAAGAAGAGGACGAGGAGCUGGAAGAAGAGGAAGACGAUGAAGGCGCUGACGAUACUCGUGAUGAAGUUAUUGUGGGGGUCAAUACCAUCGUCCGCAUCCCCCCACUUGUCGAAGAGAUGGAAGAGUAGAGGUUUAACCUAGCCAUCGUCUCAUGACGGCUUGAUUCCCUAGGUGGAAAUUAUUGGGUCCUGGUCGCUCGGGCUGGUCUCACUUCAAAGAAGAUGAGCGACCAGCUUAUUAUCUCUGUGAGGGCCUGUGGAUCUGAAGUCUACCAGUAUCAUCACCUGGACGGCGUUAAUUGCAGGACGGUCUCUACGCAAACUGGCUAUAUAAAAUGUUUUGUAGCUUUUCAGCGAAUGACGCUGACACCAUUUCACCACUCUGUAUAUUUAUCAUGAGUAUUCAUACCAGCUUAGGAAUAGUUUUGCAAUAGCAUAGUAAAUAGUGGGG